AUGAAUUUGGAACUGGUGCUCGGUACUCAUCCACCAACAAACGCAGCUAAGACAUCCAUGAACCGCUCCAAGACGCUUGUAGCGUGCCACAAACUUUUGCUGAGAUGCUACUCUCAAGGUAAAUCGCAGUUGAAAAUUAAUGGUACCCAUUAUGAUACACACCCUGAAUUCACAAAUAUUUCGGGUACAGUUUUGAGUCUGAGCGAUCGUGCCUUGCACUUGAAGGCUGCCCACCCAAUAGGAAUUCUAAGAAAGCAGAUAGAAGAUAAGCUGAACUCAACUUCCGAUUCAUACUGUGUGUACAACAAUUUCCGCCCUGUGGUAACCGUUGAGGAGAAUUUUGAUUCUUUGGGCUUCCCCUCAGAUCAUCCGGGCAGAUCUAAAAGUGAUACUUACUACGUCAAUGACAAGCACUUAUUUCGUACACACACUUCUGCUCACGAAAUGGAAUGCUUUGGGAACAUCAAAGGAUUCACUACCCGCGAAUCCCCAAGGGCGCCUACCGAUAAACCUGGUUUUUUAAUUUCUGCUGAUGUGUAUAGAAGAGAUGAAAUCGACAGAACACAUUACCCCGUCUUCCAUCAGAUGGAAGGUGCCCGUGUUUGGAAGAGAUCGCAAGAGCCAGUGCCACAGGGAACCGAGCCUCUACAUAUUCAGCAGCUGCGCUUCGAUUUACAGACACUAGAAGAACAAUUACAUCAGGAAAACACCAACUUGGUAGUACACGAUGAUAUUUCACUUGAACAGAACCCCAAACAGGACUAUAUGAGCGAUCUCGAAGUCAGCUUGUGUUCUCAACAUUUGAAGCGCAGCAUUGAACUAUUAGUAGCUCAAGUAUUCAACAAAAAGUUAGCAUCCAUGAGGGCAGCAGGGUCUAACACCCAACUGCAGGUUCGUUGGAUCAAAGCUUACUUUCCAUGGACUGCCCCUUCCUGGGAAAUUGAAGUUUUCUGGCAAGGCGAAUGGCUAGAACUAUGUGGGUGCGGUCUCGUCCGUGAACAAGUGCUCCUUAAUGCCGGGUACAAGCCCGACAACCAAAUCGGCUGGGCUUUUGGCUUGGGAUUGGAUAGAAUUGCCAUGCUUCUCUUCGAAGUUCCAGAUAUCCGUUUAUUUUGGACAAUGGACGACAGAUUUCAUUCUCAGUUUCACGAGGGACAGAUCACAAAAUUCAAGCCUUAUUCAAAAUAUCCAGGUACCAUUAGAGAUGUCGCCUUCUGGUUGCCGCAAGAUCAGCGUCAAAAAGCGAUCCACGAAAAUGAUCUCAUGGAAAUAGUUCGUGAAAAAGCCGGCGACCUUGUCGAAAGUGUCAAACUGGUAGACAAAUUCACACAUCCUAAGACCAACAAGAAGUCCCUUUGCUACAGAAUUAAUUACCAGUCCAUGGAUCGGAACUUGACGAACGAUGAAAUAAAUCAAAUUCAAGAAAAUGUUCGUGAGGAACUUGUCAAUAAGUAUGGAGUUACAUUGCGCUGA